AUGACUCCACCGGAAGCCCGGAGGAAGUUGCAAAAACGAGGCUACUCCAAGUCGAAAGAGCGACCGAGACCCCCUCGGGGGGACUCGAUCGCGGUCAAGAGGUCGCCUGUGCCCCUUUUCGUACCUUCCGGACACCAGCCAAACCGAACCGUGACAGUAAGGGAAUCACUCGGAAGUCGGUCAGACGAGCCGGCAGGUGGUGAUGGUGUUGGUGCUGGGGGAGAAGAUGCCAGACGCGGCCAGACGCCUGGCAACGAGACCGUUAUUGCAUUUAAACAAGUUCCCGAUUUCCCGCCCAGAACCGGACAGAAUGAGAGAGCCGGCCUUAUUUGUGCCAGUGCUCGGGUUUACUCUCGGCCGUCAGAAGGUACUGCUUCGCUUGACAUGAACAUUUAG